AUGUCGUUGUUAAAACCUGGAGAAGUAAAUUUAGGGACCACAAUUAUGGCGGUUGAGUUUGACGGUGGAGUAAUAAUUGGAGCUGACACACGUACCAGUACUGGCAAUUAUGUUGUAAACCGAACAACUGAUAAAUUGACCAAGGUUCAUGAUCAAAUUUUUUGUUGCAGAUCAGGAAGUGCAGCGGACACACAAGCUAUUGCUGAUAUUGUUCAUUACCAUUUACAAAUGUACACAGCUCAAAAUGGCGAAGCUCCAACAGUGCAAACAACAGCAGCUUUAUUUCAACAAAUAUGUUAUCAAAAUAAAGAUAAUAUAUCUGCUGGUAUUAUUGUAGCAGGAUGGGAUAAAUAUAAAGGUGGAUCAGUGUAUAUUAUUCCUUUAGGUGGUGCAUUACUCAAACAACCAUAUGCCAUUGGAGGGAGUGGAUCUACAUAUAUAUAUGGUUAUUGUGAUUCUGCUUACAGACGAAAUAUGAGUCGUGAAGAAGCAAUAGAAUUUAUGAGAACUGCUAUUGCACUUGCUGUUGCGAGAGAUGGAUCUUCUGGUGGAUGUAUUCGUAUGGCUGUUAUCACAGAACAAGGAGUUGAACGAUUAUUUAUUCCAGGAGAUCAACAGCAGCAACAAAUUGUAGGAGGUGGCGGUUCUUCGUUGUUCUUACAACUACAAAACUCAAGACAGCCACAAUCAAUUCAACCGGCAACCGCAUUUACUAAUAAUACUAACGUACAAGGGCUUUCUUCAACACAAGGCUCGUUACAACAUCAACAUUCUUCAUAUUCUCCUAGACAAAUAUAUUCUAACUCACCUCCACAUCAAUCAAAUACAACAUUAAAUUUACCACACAAUGUUCUUGCCAAUUUAGACCACUCCACAUUAUCAUCACAUAGUCCUCAUUUAUUAACAAUUAAUUUAAAUAAUAAUUACAAUGACAACUAUGAUAAUUCAAUACAAUAUUCACCAAUGCCGUCUUCUUCUUACCACCAACACCAUCAUAUUGAUUCAUUAGUUAACACUUUGCAUCCUCAUCAUCAAUAUUCAUCAUCUGGAUCAACCCCUCAACAACCCUUCAAUUUGCAAUCCAUUCAAAAAGUUAAUUCUUCCUCACCUUUUAUUGCUGCUAAUACUGUUCAACCAAAUCCAAAAGGAUUAAAAUCACAAAAAGAUUCCAAUGCAGUUGAAGAUGCAGCACGGACACUCUUUUUAUCUUCAAGAUUGAAUAGUGAUUUCAAUUUUAAAGAUAAUAACAAUAAUAAAUUUCUAAUAACUCCAACUUCUUCGUUUCAAUAUGAUCAUCCUUUACAACAUUAUACAGAUGAAGAAACUAUAGAGAAACAGGGAGAAAUAGGUUUAAUACCACAUAAUAGAGGUCAUAAAUUAAAAAAUAGAGCUUACACAAUAGGUGAAAAAUCAAGAUUGCAAGCACCAUAUGAUAUUUAUCAAGACAUUGAAUAUAUCGACACGCCAAAUAAUCAAAGAUGUCCUAUAAUCCACAAGUUUUCUAGGAAUUCUAUUUUGAAAGCAGUGGAAUGUUUCAAUGAUUUGGAAUUCGAUCCUUAUAAAGAUAUUAAUGUUAGAGAAAUUUUUUACCCAUUAGAGAAAUUAGAAGAUGUUGUCAGGAAACCUCAUUAUAAAAGGAUUUUAAAUGACAGUUCAUUAACACAUUGUGCUGAUUUCUUGAUGGAAAGAAUUGAUAAUGAGAAAAAUUUCAAUAAUGUAAUUAGUAGACUGAUGACUGUAUUGCAAGGUGAUGAUACCAUGUAUCCAAACCUGGACUUUAAACUUAAUCCACCAUCUGAAAUAAUCAGUACUCGUGUUGUUAAAGUUGAAGAGGAAGGUGGUGUGGAUUUGGGUGUACUUGGUGUUGGAUUACAAGGAAAUGAUAGGAAUAGGGAUAUAAGAGUUCAUGAAGCUAAAGACCAAGGAUUAGAAACUUUAAUCGCUGUUCGUGAACAAUUACAAGAACAAAUUAGUAAUAGUAAUGAGAUUUUAAGGUGUUUAAUUGAAUCAAGAAAUGGUGUAUUAAAAGCUAUAAGACAAAGGGAUUUAUUAAAAGUUAAAAUUGUUUCAAUUGAUAAACAUAAAAAAAAAUUAGAAAAAAAAGAAUUAAAAAGAAAUUACCAAGAAACUUUGGAAUAA